AUGACGGACUGGGCGACACUUACAAUCGCGACGCUCAAGCAGGCAUGCGCCGAGCGAGGUGUCUCAGUCAGGGGCCUGAAACUGAAGCAGCAAUUUGUUGAGAAGCUGACAGAAUGGGAUGUUGAGCGAGGCGCUGCACAGGAAGUCGAAGCACAAGAAGACGCAGUGCCGGCCUCCAGCAAAGGUCGCAAUGAGGAGGUGCAUGGUCCAACCAGCGUCACGAUGAGCUCGACAACAACUCCAGACUCCAAGCCAUUUCGCUUUGUUGACUUACCAAACGAACUUCGCCUGAGCGUCUAUACUUGCCUCCUUCGGAAGUCAGAAGUAGUUCGAUUAUGUCUGAUCGAGCGAUUUCAUAUGUACACCGACACAGACGCAUACAAAUAUUCCAGUUUGCGCGAAGUUGACAUUGUUACUGUCCAACAGAAGUUCGCACACGUGGCGCCAGAUUGUCGACAGUCGCUGUUGUAUAUGCCCGCACGACCAUACCGCGGGUGCUCAUUCCACGAACUUGGGAUGCUCAACCUAGUGGUCAGACCCAAGUACGCGUCUCGAGUCCUCGACAGCAGCAUCCGUGAGGGAGUGGAAACCUUGAAAAGCCUCGCGCAGACCAACAAAUCCCUUCGGAAGGAAAUUCUCCCACACUUCUUCGAAGCGGUCGAAGUUCAGGCAUCCGAGAUCAGCAUCGCCUGGCACUUCCCGCUGCGUUCUCCGUCCUUCGCGCUUCACCUCCGACAGCUUACCCUUACGGAAGGUUUCGAUUCGUUUUGCAUGCCAGGAAAAUAUCCCAUGAACGAUCGUCGCAUGGAGCGUGAGAAGUGCCAGCAACGCGAGCUUCUAGAGCUCCUCAAGACGUUCCCGAACCUCAAGUACCUGCGUUUCACUUCCAGGAAACCCCACAUACAUCGAUGCAAUGGCUAUCCAGGACCCGUCCAGACGGGCGCCAGCAAAUAUCUAGAAUGGGAACUCCGGCAGCUACAGGCUGUCAUCGAGCACAGCCAGCUUCACAUUGUCAUAGCCACCGCGCAGGCCAGCCACAGCCAUUCGACGGCGCCCAGUCUCCGGCGAGGAUGCUUAGAUGGAAUCAUCUUUACUGCUACUCGACCCACAGUAGAGCAGUUCGAGCGAUGGCGGCGGCAUUUUGGUGAUCUUGUUGGCGAGCUCGUUGACCCAGAUAGAGAGCUCAUGGCAAUCGAAAAGGCUAGGUGGGAAGAGGAGCAGAAAGGGAAGCAGGAAGGCAAGAACGCAGGGAAGCAGGCGGAGCAGCAGGCGGAGAAGCACGAAGGCGAGCAAGACGAGAAGUAG